AUGUGGGAUGCCAACCGGGCUGCCUGGUGCUGCGCUGAACAGGGCAGGGGCUGCCCUCUAUCAGCACCGGUCCUGCAAGAAACAUCGGAUCCAACGAUGCAUUGCUUUGGAUCUGAAGAUGCAUCGCCCGUUGGAUCGAGGUACUUUGGAUGGUCGGAUCACAAGAAGGGCUGGUGCUGCGAGCGUCAAGGCAUGGGAUGUCCUGGGACUUGGCAUGGCUCCUACCACAUCUCCACACACAUGGUGCAUGGUGUUGGUCAUGCCCAUGGAAGGAUCUACGACUGCAACGCGGGCUUCUCCAAUUGGAUGCAGGGAUGGUCGGACUCCAAGAAGGACUGGUGCUGCAAGCACAACGCGAAAGGCUGUCAGAAGUUCCACUGCAGUGGCUCGACGGGCAUGUGGGCAGCGGACAAGCGCGAAUGGUGCUGUGCCAACUUCCAGAAGGCUUGCCCAAGGACUACCCUCUCAAACCUCAAGUGCGACGCACUGUGCCGAAUCAACGGAGAGGAUUCCAAGUGCAUUGACCGUAUCCAUUGGGUCGCCAACCACGUCUUCGGAUCGAAGGACAACAAGUGCGCCUUGGCCUACAGCAAGAUCCAGGUAGACUGCGACAUUUGCCGAGGCUGCAGCAUUCAGGAUGCUGGCUGUGAGGUGCAGGCCGCUGGAAGGGACCCCUUUGAUUGCAAUGCAGCCUUGAACAACUUCUUCCGCGCUUGGUCACCAGAGAAAAAGCCACUUGGUGAUAAGCAUCGACGCAGUUUGAGGCAAUGGUGCUGCACCAAGCGCGGUAAGGGCUGCGAAGGGAAGGCGCCUCCCUCGGUGGAUGCGGGCGCCGGCAUGGUGUGGAAGCACGUCCAAGUGAAUGGCUAUUGGACCUGGCAAGCCGUUCAAGGCCAUGGAGUUGUGAGUGCCCCAUAUGACUGCCAUGCAGGCGCCAGGGCGUAUUUUGUUUUUGGUUUCGGCCAUGCGGGCGCCGAGUGUUAUUAUAUAGGCCCAUUUAGGCCACUCCAAAGUGAGAUGCCACCCAAACCCUAA